AGGGGCAGCUUUGAAAUGGACAUUCCAAAUAUGUCGCUGAGACGGAUGGUGAUGGUGGGGAAGACUGGAGCAGGUAAAAGCUCUUCAGGAAACACCAUCCUGGGCAGAAGAGUCUUCAGAGCAGCUAAAGGAGGUUCAUCUGUAACUAAAGAGUGCUGGAAAGAGACAGGAGAAGUAGCUGGAAGAGAGAUCGUUCUGGUGGACACACCGGGUCUGUUUGACACUGAUAUAUCAGAAGAUUAUCUGAAACAGGAGAUCAGUAAAUGUGUGAACAUGACGGCACCAGGACCUCACGCCAUCGUCCUGGUUAUUCAGCUGGGUCCAUUCACAGAAGAAGAGAGACUCUCAGUGGAGAAGAUCAGAGCCAUAUUUGGAGAAGAAGCAGAUAAACACACCAUCAUCCUCUUCACUCACGGAGAUGAACUGAACAGCACUAUUGAGGAAUACCUCAGUGAAGCCACAGAGAACCUCAAAGAAGUGUUGAAACAAUGUGGAGGAAGAUAUCAAGUCUUCAGGAAUAAAGACAUGGAAGAUCGUACUCAAGUUCUGCAGUUUUUACAGAAAGUGGACGAGAUGGUCGCUGCCAAUGGAGGUGGAUUUUACACCAGCGAGUCUUACAAGAGUGUGGAGCUCAUGUUAAAAACCAAAGAAGAGGAACUGAAGAAGAUCUAUGAGAAAAAACUGCAAGACAAAGAGAAAGAACUGGAAUCCAGAUUUAACAAAGAGAAGGAAAAGCUACAGGAGAGAAUUGAGGCUCUAACAGCAUCUGAUCAAGAGAAAGAAAAGAAGAUCAAAGAGUUGGUAGAGCUGAAUAAGAGGAAAAGAUUUGAAAUGCUGGAGUACAAAUGUUUUUAUGAGACCAAGCUCAAAGAGGUCAGACAGGAGGCAGAACAGACUCGCAUUGAGAAAUUAAAGAGCACCUAUUAUGUCUUGUGA